AUGGCGCCUUUGACUCCACGGCAGAAACGUGCUGAGAAAGAAGCUCGUGCCAGGACACUACUAAAGGGCGCAUCUUUUCAAAGGGCAGAUCUCGAAGACGAAGACGAACAAUGGGAAUGGAUAUACAGCUCCGGCGACAAUGAGAACGACGAUGACUCAGAUGAAUCAGAAGACGAGGAGAAUGCUGCUACACCGAAGAAGCGACGGCGGAGAGCUGCUGCGAAAGCGCUAAAUAAUACCAUCAUUGGAGCCAAGAAGGGUAGCUUUAGUUGCAAGAUUGGAGAUACUGUCUCAGUCAAAAAUGAAGCUGAUGUGCCAUGGGUGGCUAUUAUAUGUUAUUUUGUGAUGCAUAAUGACGAGAUGUCGGCCAAUCUCUUGUGGCUGCACGAAUUGUAUAUCACCCCGGCUAUGGACAUAGAAUCUCUGGACACAAUUAAUGGAGCCGCAACGAUUCUAUCAAAAGCAGAUUUUAUGGACAAGUUUCCGAAGGGGACAAUUCCAAGACGCUCAAAGGACUAUGGAAGCACAUUCUUUUGCCGAAGAGCUUGCAAUACUAAAACCGCUGUCUACUCGGGAGAGUUAAUAUGGGGAGAGGUUGCUCUUGACACGGAAGAAGAAAUUGCUGAAUUUGCAGACCGAAUCGAAUUUAUGACGGGAUCUGGGCCGAAGAAGAAGGGCAACAAGCGGAAACGAAAAGACGACUUUAUCGACGAUGGCGAUGAGGAAGAGGAAAUUGUUGAGAAAGGUACACCACGAAAGAAGCAGAAGACUUCAAAUGUAUCUACGCCAAGGAAACCCAGGACACCUUCUAAAUUAUUAACACCCAGCCAUAAAAGGGUUGUCGUCAAAAAGCCGUUGGAGUUCACACCUCUUGGAACUAGAGUUCUUGAUCCGGAGCAUAUCGAAUCGUCCCCUUUUCAAACAGCACGCUCGAGGCUUCAUGUAGCUUCAGUACCCACAAGUUUACCUUGUCGAGAAGACGAAUUCGCAUCUGUAUAUUCCCACCUCGAAGCUGCCAUCUACGAAGGCACCGGAGCUUGUAUCUAUAUCUCUGGUACACCAGGAACAGGCAAAACAGCCACUGUCCGAGAAGUUGUUGCUCAACUCAAUGCAUCAGUCAUGGCGGACGAACUGGAUGAUUUCAUUUUCGUUGAAAUCAACGGGAUGAAAGUCACAGAUCCGCAUCAGUCGUACUCUCUAUUAUGGGAAGCACUUAAAGGAGAUCGAGUCAGCCCAACGCAUGCUUUGGAUUUGCUCGAGAGAGAGUUCAAUCACGCAAGCCCUCGAAGAGUGCCUUGCGUGGUGUUGAUGGAUGAAUUGGACCAACUUGUUACCAAGAACCAGAGCGUUAUGUAUAAUUUCUUCAACUGGCCUAAUUUGCGCCACAGUAGAUUGAUCGUUCUCGCUGUUGCAAAUACGAUGGACUUGCCAGAAAGGACGCUCAGCAAUAAGAUCAGUAGUAGACUUGGUCUCACAAGAAUCACAUUCCCAGGCUACACCCACGAACAACUUAUGCGGAUCAUUCAGUCACGUCUCGAAGGCGUCCCAGGCGAUAUAGUCGACCCAGACGCCGUCCAAUUCGCCAGCCGAAAAGUCGCAGCUGUAAGCGGAGACGCGCGUCGCGCACUCGAUAUCUGCAGACGAGCUGUCGAACUCGCUGAAUCCGACGUUCUCGGCCAGACUGCACCAAAUACACCUAGUAAGAGUGGCAAAGGGGAGAAGAUCUCAAAAUCUUUUGGCAAAGUUACGAUUGCUACUAUCAAGCGAGCUAUUAAUGAAGCGACGACUAGUCCUUUGCAGCAGUAUUUGAGAGCGUUGCCUCUUGCUUCGAAGCUGUUGCUGGCUGCUUUGUUAGCUAAGACUAGGAGGACAGGGAUUGCUGAGAGUAUUCUUGGAGAUGUGCUUGAUGAGGCAAAGAGGAUGUCGAAGAUGGAUACGGGUAGUAAUGUCAUUGAGUACCUACUGAAAGAUGAUGUGGAGAAACGGACGACCAGCUUUUCGAAGCAGCCAAGGAAGGUCCCGAGAGUAUUGGGAAUGGGUACGUCAGCUAUUGAUCUCAUGGAAGCUGGGAUUGUGGGUCUCGAAGCACGGAGAGCUGAUCGGACAGGGAAGAUACGACUGAGUAUUGGCGAGGAAGAUGUCAAGCAAGCAUUCAAGGAUGAUCCAGAGGUCAAGAAUCUUGGAUUCUAG